GCUCGCAAGCUCGGGCGCACGAGUAGCUGGGGGCCGGAGGCCCCUAUUGUAGUAUAUAAUGACCCCGCGCAAUCUCGUGGACAAACACGCUCACCAUGCCGUCGCACCGGUUGUUCCAACAACCUAGCCAUAUACCCCAUCUUACUGCAUUUACACGUG